CAAACCCCCCAAAAAUACAGAUGGACGUGCAGGAAAUAUUUUUUAUUUUCCUUCCAUUCCAUUAAGGUUACAACAAAAUCUCAGUAUUUAUCAUUAAUUUUUUUAAACAGAUGCCAUUUUUGUCUUUUCAGGAAGAUGAAAGCAUGCGUUAUGUUACCUUCAGCCUUCAGAAAGCCACUUUAUUAAAGAAGCAUUAAGUUAAUUUUGACCGAGGCUUCAGAUCCGAACCCUUUGAAGUGCUGGCCUCAGUUUUGUUCCGUUUGAAAACUUUCCCUCUCUCCUCUCCUAAACUUGGAUCUUAGUUCUUGUCGGAGACCAAUUAAUGAGGCGGCUAAAGUCACUAAUUGGCCGCUUAAUUGGCCCCUGUCACCGCGCGCGCUGCAACACUGCAUCCUUCACUUCCUGCCCUCUCACAUCACAAGCGUGUCACAAUCAUUUUAGGGUCACGCUCUCAGACAGCAAGGACCCCCCACACCCCUUUACACGAGCACACUUCCCACACCUCUGGAUGCCCCCACCAACCCACUCCCACGAUAGCUCUGUGUUUUAUGUCUGCGUCACAACAAGUCGGCGGAGGGCGAGAGGCAGAAGGAUGAUGGCGUCUCUGGCGGCUUGAUUCCGGUGCAGCUCAGACAAAAUCCGCCUUAAUAAGCUUCGGCGGCGGGGAGAGGGGUGAGGUGUGAGAGUGUGGGGGGUGAGGGAGCAACAGCGACGGGGACAUGAUGAAACGGCACCGCGGAGAAAGGACGGACAAACUAGUCUGAGAGAGACGGACGGACAGUCACAGUCGCCUCCUCCUCCACCUCCUCCUCCUUGCUGACGGUUUGACUGACACACACACUCACACACACUCAGAGCGAGGCGCCUGGCACAGACAGAGACAUGCAUGCACACCAGCCACUUUUUGCAAACCAGCACGCUGCGCAUCGGAGCUGGCAGUAAUUGGACAUCCACAGCUGAUGAGGGCAUUUCAUGUCCAGCCUGUCCAGGAAUCCCAGUGACCCCGACGGAAAGGAGUUCGACUUGACAGGCUGUCGCUAUGCUCAAGUCUGAAGAAGAGGAGUGUGCGUGUGAGUGUGUGUGUUUGGAUGAAAUUUUAACCCCUUUGGACUGAAAGCCGGCUGUCUGAGAGGCCGGGGGACGUAAACCCUGAUGGGGGGAGUCAGUGAGGGAGAUGAUGUGUUGGCUCGUUGGAGUGAUGGACUACUGUACCUUGGCAAUGUGAAGAGAGUCGAUGGAGUCAAGCAGUGCUGCUUGGUGAGAUUCGAGGACAACUCAGAGUUCUGGGUUCUGAGAAAGGACAUUCACUCGUUCGCUGCCGGAGUGGAAGAAGUUUGCUGUAUCUGUGACGCCCCGCCUCUUAAAGAACCCCUCAUAAAUUGUCUUAAAUGUCACCACGGUUAUCAUCCGGAGUGCCACACGCCGACCAUCGAGCCAGAAGCUGACAGCGACUCCUGGAUUUGUCGACAAUGUGUUUUUGCUGUCGCCACCAAGAGAGGCGGAGCUCUGAAACGCGGACGCUUCGCCCGACUCAUGCAGUUCAUGAAACUCCGGCUCCCCUACCAGCUGUCGUCCUUAGACUGGGAUCCUCAGCAUCUGACCAAUCAGCAGCAGUGUUACUGCUACUGCGCCGGACCUGGAGAGUGGAACCUGAAGAUGCUGCAGUGUGGCAGCUGUGGUCAGUGGUUCCACGAGGCCUGCACUCAGUGUCUGUUGAAGCCGUUGCUGUAUGGAGACAGGUUUUAUCAGUUCCAGUGUUCAGUUUGUACAAAGGGACCGGAGACAGUCCAGAGGCUGCCCAUGACCUGGGUGGACCUGGCUCAUUUAGUCCUCUACCACCUCUCGCUGUGCUGUAAGAGGAAAUACUUUGAUUUCGACCAUGAAAUCCUGUCCUUCACCAACGAGAACUGGGACUCGUUGCUCCUGGGCGCGCUGUCUGACACGCCGAGGCAGGACCGCUGUCACAAUCUCCUCAACGCUCUCAACUCUCACAAGGACAGGUUUGUCUCUGGAAAGGAGAUCAAGAAGAAGAAGUGUCUGUUUGGGCUGCAGGUCCGAGCUCCGCCUCCUCUGACGUCUGAUUCGUCGCCUCUAGUCACUGAUCCGCCUAUCAGCAUCACCCACAGGAGAAGCCCGUUGUCACUGCCCUGCCAGAGGAGAGUGGGGGGGUCGGAGUCACGCAAAUCAAAGCGUCGCAUCAUGGAGACACAGGUCAGCGCCUCUGUCUCAGGAUAAGGGAGGAUGCAGGGGGGUGUGGGACACCAAACUCGUUGAUAUUUUGUUCCUUUUUCUUUUUUCUCUCUUUGCUGCAGUCAGAUAAACAGCUCUCUGCAACUCAAAUAACCUGUCAGUCAGACGACGCCACGAAGGUUCAUUUCACCGUGGAGAUCAGUUUUUACUCCUCUCCUCAGUUCAGUGCCUCUGUUGCGGUUCACUUUUUUUUCCCUGCAGGAUGCUAAUGUUUGAGGGUACACAGAUAGAUUAAUAAUAGCUGUGAGAGACGUGGCGUUGCUCCGGUAAAAUGUAUAAUUCAAAUCCAAUCUUGCCAAAACCUGCUCUUGUAUUUCAUCAACACCUGCAGUUCAGCGUCGCGUUUAUCAUUAUCAUCAAAGCCAAUUCCCGGCGGAUCGCUCUGAAACAAGCACCAUCACAUGUGGUGGUUGCUAUUUAUACUCUGCAUUCUUAACCGUGAAUGCUCCUUGUGCUUUUUUCCUCCUACUCAUCACUCUGAUCUGAGUAUGUGCACAUACUGUAAUCCUGGAACAAUACGCUCUGCAGAGCUCUCAUUUUUUUUCUCGCGUCUUCUUCUUUUUUUUUCCUCUGGCAUAUCCAGGCCUCAUUGUUCUGCUCUGACUGAUGCUAAUCUCCGCCCGUCUUUGAGGAGCAGCUCUUGGUUGUAGUGAGGAAAGUGAGAUGGGUAGGAAUGCUGAUGGCCUGGGAUCACUUCCAAACGCACUUUGCAGUCAAUUACAGUUUGGCCAGGUGGCGCUGGCACCUUGACAGUGCAACUCUGACAGAGCACCAGCGUUUAAAGGCACAGACGUUCGCUGGAGGCUCUGAGUAAUAGUCCUCCGUCAUUAGACUCAUGCUACAGAAUAAUAAUGGGCUCAGCGUGGUGCUAUGUCACAGUCCAGCGAUGAGAAAUCGACCUCAUGCAUGAUGUUUCCUGUGACUGAUGGCUCUAUCUGAUGAUCCUGAUGCUUGUACUUGUUAUGAGUCGUUGGGAGACAGAGAGCUGCCUUACUAACCAGUAACUCUGCCACAUGAUGGGACGGAAAGGAAACAGAUCUGUCAACCCUUUUGGCUCCAACUUCUACAAAAUAUAAAAAGGAUCCAGGAUUUUUAUCCACACAAUUUUGAUAAUAUACCAUGGACUUAAAGAUAAAAUUACUCUACUGUAGUGUACCUUG